UUAUCAGCACUCAGCAUUCUUUUCUUCUCCACGCCAUUUUUUGGAAAUUUUCUCAUUUUUGUUACCCUAUAUAAGGAAUCUUCCCUGCAUCCACCUUCCAAACUGUUCUAUCGUUGUCUAGCAACAACCGAUCUGUUAGUCGGUCUUUUAAUUCAUCCCCUCAGUGCUACUCAUUGGAUGUCCUCGCUUCGUGAGAAAUGGAGAAUUUGUCGAUACACAUUUUCUGCAUGGUAUUUAACUGGCUAUAUCUUAUGCUCAGUAUCCUUAAUGACGAUGACAGCUAUAAGCGUGGACAGACUUCUCGCCUUGCUGUUGAGACUGAUGUACAGACAAGUCGUGGCUUUAAGGCGCAUUUAUAUCGUCAUAGCCACCUUUUGGAUUAUAUCUUGAGUCGCUACUUUAAGUAGUCUUUUUGACUACACUAUAACCUUUUGGUUUGGCUGUGUCAAUACGACAAUUUCCCUGACAAUCUCAAUGGUUUCGCACGCAAAGAUUUUCCGGGGUCUUCGUAGUCAUAGCGCCCAAAUUCCGCAACAGCCAAGCCAAACAAAUACACUGAACAUGGCGCGAUACAGGAAGGCAGUGUACAAUGCAUUGUGGGUGCAAUUAGCAUUAGUUGUUUGUUAUUUA